AGAGAUGGAGAAUCGAGAAUCAACAUGGCGACGACGUAGUAUCGUCUGUCUUGAAAAAGUUGAAAGUAAUUCGAGAAUUCUCGUAUGGCUAUUAAUUUUCAUAGCUGAUUAAGAAUUUUAACAGAUAAACAACACAUCAGGCAAGAACGAAAAUGUUGUUAACAUUGAAGCCAGAUCACAAAAAGCACAUGCUGUUUCUAGUCGAACAAUCGUCACCAGUUUUACAGGAUUUCUGCAAAUUGGCUCUGGAUUAUUUGCAAAAGGGCCCGAAUGUCAAAGUGUACAACGCUGCUGCUCAAAAGUUAGAUGUUGAGCUGGAUGUGAUCAAAAAUUCAGUAGAGGGUUUGGUCAAUCUCUUGCUGGAGAGUUGCAAGUACAAACUAAGCACGGAGGAUUUCCGGGAUUCCAUAGUCGCCUUAGGUUUCACGGAAGACAAGGAGGCGAUAUUGAGUAAAUUAUACAGCAUUAAGAAGGACGAAGUCUCGGAUGCGUUGGAAGAGAUUGGAUUUAAAUUGUCGAGAUACCAUGACAUGGAAUGGAGAUUUGAAGUGCAGACUGCGUCAAGAUCCUUAUUGAAACAAGUUGCACCACUCAUCUCUCUUGACUUGUCACUGAAGAAUCCCGAUAAUCCCGAGGAAAUUGAACACGUUCUGCUACAAACCGAUCCAACUAACUUACUUCAUAUAACUCAAGAGUUGGAGGAAGCUCUGCAAGAAAGUCGCAGUCAACAUAUUAGGAGAAUUUCAAGAGCAGUAAAAUAAGGCUUUUUGUAAUUUGUAAUUAUAUU